AUGCCUUUACCUUCAAAUAUACCUUGUCCUUAUCAUUCAAAUUAAUAAUAUUAUAUCUCCUCUAUUUGUCUCUAUACACAUUGUUAACAUCAACCAGCUUUGUGUUUAGCUUGUCGAAAAGAUUUUCAUUCAGAUCAUUCAUAAUUUUGUUAUACAUUCCAAGAAAUAGAAGAAAAAACUAAAAAUUUAGAUUCUGUUAUGGAUAUUAAACAAUCUUAUAUGAUAUUUAAAAAGGAAAUUAUUGAUUUACUUAACUUCAUAGGUUUAACAAUUUAAUAAUCAACCUUUUCAUUUUAAUCUCGAUUCUUUACUAAUGAAUACAAAUUAAUUAACUAAUCAACUAUCAAUGAACUAGGAAAUGCUUUAAGAAAUACUUCAGAAUAAAUAUCUAAAAGACAUUAAAUAAUCUCUUAUUUCAAUGAAUUCUUAGCUGAAUUCGAAAAAAGAACUAAAUAAUUUACAGGAUAGAUUAAAUAUUAAUACCCUAAAUAACUAGAUAAUCUAAAAUAUGAUGAAAGAGAUACUAUUAAAACUAGAUUAGUUAAAAGAAAUUCAGAAAUCAUUAGUAUAUCUAGAUCUAAUAAUUAAUCUAAAGUAGAAUUAAGUAAAAUCUCAAGAGCUCAAUCAGAUUUCUCUAUUGAUAAUCAUUCUAAAUUUCUAAUCUAAUAAGAUUUUAAUAAAAUACUAUUCAGACUUGAUUUUAAUCAUAUUUAAGGAGAAGCUAAUAUAAUAAAUGAUUAUUUAUUAUCAUCUUAAGCAGGAUGUAUUGCUUUAUUGUAUCCUCCUUUAAAUGAUAUUAUGAAUAAUUAUAUCAAAUUAUCUUUUAAAAUUGAAAAAUGUUAAGGAUUAGUUUGUAUUGGAGUUGCUACAAAUACUUAAAAAUGUAGCUUUGCUAAUCUAGAUUCUAGAGGAAGUAAUCAAAUUUAUUAUUAUUCUUUCUUAGAACUUUAUACUAGUUGGAAUUUCUUAGAACAUAAUAAAUAGUCCAAAAUUAAAUUUGGAUAAUCAGAUACUAUUAUUUGCUAUGUGAAUAAACAUUAAAAAACAGUUGAAUUUUCAAAAAAUGACGUAUUAAUUUAAAUAUUUAGAGAAAUAUUGAAGUUAAAUUAACCAAAGUUGAUUUAAAUGAUAUGA